ACCAAAGAAAAUAAACAAAUGGUAGAGGCAUCCAACAGGUGCGACAUGGGAACACAUGUUAAAUGUGCAACAAAUCACAUUCCGCCAUGUGUUCUCAGGUCGCCCCUGCAGGGUUUUUCUCUGCUCGGACUCGGACCGGCUUAUUUAUUCACUUAUGUUCAAAUCUAUGUGGAUCGAGAAGAUGCAUACGGGUCUUAUCUGGAAACGUUUGAUGCUGUUAUAAGAAUGUAUUGGACCGAAUUAUAUUGGACCGAAACUGAUAUCAAUUAA